CCUUUUUUCAAAACACCUGAGUUGAUAAAAACUCAGUUCACUCUUUUUUUCCCAAAAAACUGUCUACCAUGAGGAUUCAUCUCUUUUUCUUUAUUCUGCUCUUUUGGGUCACAAUUUCACCAGCCAAAAAGAAAUACCCAGAGUAUGGUAGCUUGGAUUUGAGGAGAGAGUGCAUAAGGGGUAAUGGUCGAUGUAGAAAUCAGUGCCCUGACAAUGAAGUUAGGAUUGCUUACUGCAUAAGACCUGGAACCCAUUGCUGCUUGCAGAAGUAAGGAUGACAGAAGAAAAAAGACAUAUGCUCCAAGAAGAAAGGACCAUUGUUUCUAAGUCUUCCCAGCAUAUUCUACAAAGCCUGUGUUUGGUUAAUAUACAAAGAAUAAAAUAAAAUUUAAUAUUGAACCAGUCAGAAGUGGUUCUAUGUUAUACAUAUAU